UUCCUUCCCUCUGGUAGAAACCAAUGGCCAUCUGUUGUUUAGUCCACUCAAAAGAGGAUGUUGAGGUUUGUUUUUCCUUCGGACUCAAGGGUGCUCAGGAGCCCCGCAGCCCCCGGCCUGUCUCACAUGAAGCGUCCCUGAGAAGGCAGUGGAUUUCGGGGCUGCAUGGAACUCCCCGCUGGACCCCAGAGCAUGGAACACAUCCACGACAGUGACGGGAGUUCCAGCAGUGGCCACCAGAACCCCAAGAGCACAGCCAAAUGGGCGGCCUCUCUGGAGAAUCUGCUCGAAGACCCAGAAGGCGUGAAAAGAUUUCGGGAAUUUUUAAAAAAGGAAUUCAGUGAAGAAAACGUUUUGUUUUGGCUAGCGUGUGAGGAUUUUAAGAAAACAGAAGAUAAGCAGCAGAUGCAGGAAAAGGCAAAGGAGAUCUACAUGACCUUUCUGUCCAGCAAGGCCUCGUCACAAGUCAACGUCGAGGGGCAGUCCCGGCUCAAUGAGAAGAUCCUGGAAGAACCGCACCCCCUGAUGUUCCAGAAACUCCAGGACCAGAUCUUCAACCUCAUGAAGUACGACAGCUACAGCCGCUUCCUGAAGUCUGACUUGUUUUUAAAGCACAAGCGAGCCGAGGAGGAAGAAGAGGAGCCCCCCGAUGCCCAAACCUCAGCGAAAAGAGCUUCGAGAAUGUAUAACACAUGAGCCCCCCAGAGCUGUCAGGACCACAGCUCCCGGACGCCAAGGAACUCACUCUCAGGACUGUGCAGGGUUUAGAGUUGCUUUGUUAUCUGCAAGGACCGAAAUAUGCAAAACCCGUCAAUGGGAUACGUGUAUUUGAUUAACUGCUUGACCAGUAAGUUUUGCAUGAUGGCUUCUCUUACAUAAAAACAACAAAUAGCUUUGAAGUUUAAGUUCACAAACACACACACGUACGAGGCGGGAAGAGUCCUUGAACACUGGACACUGAGCAUUUAGUAGCUUGAUUAAACCUCAUGCGAGGCCACCAGGUGAAACUUA